AUGUCCGGCGAUUGGGAAUUGCCUCGUCUCUGCCGUCUGGUCGAGGAGCUCCUUCAUCCUUACUUCGAGCCGGCCGUAGGUUCUGUGUCUUUAACCAGAGAAAAGGAGAAGAAUCUUCUGAUUGCACUCUCUAAGGUUUACAGAGAGAUUCAGGUCUGGAUUCGUGAAAUGGAGGUUGAUUCCGAUGAAGAGACCACGAGUUCUGAGUGUUCAUUGGAGGUUGUACACGAGGAGCAUAACUGUUUGAUGAAAGUCCUAGCUGACUUGAUUCUUCUACUUACAGUUGACAGUCAGUACGUACAACAUUCAGUUGGAAAGAUUGUUGUGGCCGUUUCUGAGCUCCUGGCUCCAUCUGUCAGAAACUGGGACUCUUUGGUUCAUUCGCUCUGGAUUUCCCUGGAAUUGAUAGUCAAACACGUGUUGUCCUGUUCUGCAAUUUCAAAUGCUGGCGACGAUUUACAUUUUGGAACCUCAGGUUUAAUGGUCUUAAAUCGUUAUCUGGGAAACGCAGACUGGUCCACUGCAGCUCAUAUAAUCCAAAUCUUGCGGAAUAUACUGAAAAGUUUGAAGGAAGAGUCUGAUGAUCAGCUUCUUCAAGUUUACGAAAAAUAUGUCUAUCCCUUUCUGUCAAAUGUGCCCUGGGAUCGGAUGGACGAGUGCUGUACAAAAGAGCCAAAUAUUGUGUUCUUGGGGAGUUUGAUCACAUUUCUUUGCUCAUUGGUUGAGCAAACCGUAGCUCCAGAAACCAAAGUCCAUCUCCAAGAUAAACAUCCAACUCUUCCCAUAGUUAUUAAUCUUGUGCCUAAACUUUUUCGUUGGUGCCUUGGCAAGGCAGAGAAUAGGGUCAAACAGUCCACCUUUCAGUAUUUCACUCACAAAUUGCUGAUGUUACUGCUGAGGCUUAGUUAUGGUUAUGGAACUCAUAUAAGUUGCACCACACUUGUCUCCUGGUUGCAACUUCUCCAUGAUUACUUUGAAGAGCUACUUUUGAAACCCAUGUCUAGGGUUAAGACUUGUCAAAAUGAUUGCCUAGAAGGCUCCCCGUUUCUAUCUAGCUUCUCUGAGGGAGAAGCACAACAUAUGAGGCAUUCCCUUCAUUCUCAAAGGCAGGCCAUACUCCUAUUUCUUAGGUGCUGCUUCAGUUUGAUCAGCUCGACAGGAGAGAAUACUAAGCAACUUCCUGCAGCUCAUAAGUCUCUCUCGGCUGUCAACGUGAUCUCUGACCCUGAUUUUUCUGGUAGAAGUAAAGGAUUUAUUGAUCUCUACAAAUGGUUCCAAGCCCACCUCCGAGAUAGCUUCUUAUGUGGAAAGGAAAUGCAUGUGGACAAGUGUAUACUUUUUGCAAGAUCUUUUCUCCAGCUAUACUUGCAUGAGGAUGACUUAUUGUUUAAGGUUCUCCUGCAGUUGGUUACUGCAUCGUCUUGUUUGGAGCAGCAGUUAGAGGGAGAGAAACAACCAUAUCAGGAUGCAGAAGAGGAUAUUGGAUUUCUAGUUUCAAAUGCUUUCAGUCCAGUGAGUUUAUUCCAUCUAUUCCUCUCAGAGGUGCACUAUGAUCAUCAAGUUCUGCUUGAUUACCUUAUUUCCAAGGAUCUUGGAAUUAGUUGUGCAGAGUAUCUAUUGAGGUGUUUAAGAAUUACUUGCAGUGCGUGGCAUUUAUUCAUAGAGUUCUCUGUUGAAGGAAAUGCUAUGGAUAGUUUAUCUCGAAAAAAGCAAAAAAAUUUGGAAGAUGGUCCUGACUUCCAGGCAGACCAAUCCCCUGGAUCACCAACCAUGGACACUUCUCCCUCUCUUAAUGAUAAAGUUAAGAUAGAUACUGACAGUAGUUAUAAGCAAAACAAAUGCAGAAGGCUUGCAUUCAUCGAGGCGAAAGAUUGUCUGCUAUCUUUGAAAGUUUCUAUAGAAAAUCUUCACCGGAAGAAUCUGUUUCCAUAUAACCCUAAAGCUCUCUUACAACGGUUGACAAAAUUUGAGGAACUCUGCAGCAAUCAUGAUGACUUUUCCUAGACUACUUGCUUAGAGAGAGCUAUCUUUUCCUGCUGAAGGAGAUAUUGUUAUAAUAAGGUGCUAGAGUUUUACUCGAUAUUCCAAGGCAUCCAUCAUACAAACUUGCAGAAGUUGCAUAAUUUUCUCCGACUGAGUGGGACUGGCCGCACUGUUGGACCCGAUUGGUGCUCCUAUUGAUAGUCGAUAGAAUUUUCUGGUUGCCGAUUGGACUCCGCCAUCGACUUUUUCAAGUUCCAGGAGCUAGUUCUGGUACUGAGGUUCAGGAACAGCCAAAGGACAAAGUGGGUUAUCUUGUGAUGGUUUGGAAGUUUGUGGCCGCGUAGCAUCAUCCCAAGGACAAAGGAAAUAUCAUUAUUUGAGAGGAAGUUGGGAGUUGUUGUAAGCAGAGAAGAACCAGAUGGAGGGGAAGAAACAGAGUCGUCAUCAUCAUUUCGUGCUGGUCCAUGGAGCUUGCCAUGGAGCUUGGUGUUGGUACAAGGUUGUUCCUUUACUGACACAAGCUGGCUACAAAGUGACGGCUCUCGACUUGGCCGCUUGUGGGAUCCAUCCAAAGCAGGUUACCGAGCUGGGUUCGGUCUCGGACUACCUGGCGCCACUUAUGGAGUUGAUGACUUCCUUAACAGGAGAAGAAGAGAAGGUGAUCUUAGUUGGACAUAGUAUGGGUUGUGUUGGGAUAUCUGCUGCAAUGGAAAAAUUUGCAGAGAAAGUAGCUGGUGCGGUGUUUGUAGCGGCCAUGAUGCCAGCUCCUCAUCCUGGUGUUGGCUAUUCUCUUACAAAAGAAGAGUGUCUCAAGCAAAUGGAUUUCAUGGAUAGCCAAUUCUCAUUCCAUGAUGGUCCUGAAAAUCCUCCGACCAGUGUAUUGUUUGGACCCAAGGCGAUGUCAACUAAAUUGUACCAGCUCUCCCCGCCUGAGGAUUUAACACUGGGAAUGAUGCUUAUAAGGCCCUGCCCUCUCUUCAACGAUGCGGAAACAGAAGCUGAAAUAGCCCUGACAAGCGAGAAAUACGGAUCAGUUCCUCGAGCUUAUGUUGUCUGUGAAGCAGACGAAAUUAUCAAGCCGGAUCUGCAGAGGUGGAUGAUCGAGAACAACCCAACUGACAUGUCAAACCCAUAUCUUCUGCUGAUCACAUGGCAAUGUUCUCAAAACCACAUGAGCUCUGCACUUACCUUUUGGAGCUUGCCAGCAAGUAUGCUUGAUGAGUGAGCGAUUGCCUUUGGCUUCGCCGCCCGUGGAAUUAUGGUUGGUUGGGGAGUUUCUGUAAGCAGAGAAGAACCAGAUGGAGGAGGAGAAACAGAGUCGUCGUCAUCAUCAUUUCGUGCUGGUCCAUGGAGCUUGCCAUGGAGCUUGGUGUUGGUACAAGGUUGUUCCUUUACUGAAACAAGCUGGCUAUAAAGUGACCGCUCUCGACUUGGGCGCUUCUGGGAUCCAUCCAAAGCAGGUUACCGAGCUGGGUUCGGUCUCGGACUACCUCGGGCCGCUGAUGGAGUUGAUGGCUUCCUUAACAGGAGAAGAAGAGAAGGUGAUCUUAGUUGGACAUAGUAUGGGUGGUGUUGGCUAUUAUGCCAGCUUCUCACUCCGGUGUCGGCUACUCUUUUCCAAAAGAAGAGUGUCUCAAGCGAAUCGAUUUCAUGGAUAGCCACUUCUCAUUCCACAAUGGUCCUGAAAAUCCUCCGACCAGCAUGUUGUUUGGACCAAAGCUGAUGUCAACUAAAUUGUACCAGCUCUCCCCACCUGAGGUAUGAGUUCGAAGUUCGUCAGUCGAGGAGCAAUGCAAGGAAUUUCAAAGGAUUCCGAGACCAGUAAGGCUUUGAAAGAUUCCUCUUCUUCAUCAUCUAAUUUUUCAAAUAGUACGAGAAAUCUCUCCCGCGUCACGACUAAUUUUAAUGGCAGCAUGAUGAAAGAAUGUAAUAAGGUUAAGCAGGUGGAAGAGUCGCUGAGAAUUAUUAUGUACAUAAGUUGUUGGGCUCCUAAUUGAAUGGUUGACAACCAUGUUCAUUACGUAAAGUGCAAGCGAUGGAUUAACAAAUCUAUAUCUAAG